AAUCGUCUCGUCGCGUCAGCGCCCACUGCCGAGACCCAUCCAUAUUUAAUCGCCGAGCAUAAUUCUCGGCGACUUUCCAACCUUCCUCGUAAGAUAACGACGUCCAUCUCACUACACAUCUCAAUUCAAGAGUUCUACCAUAAUGGGAAAAUCAAAAUCAGCAACCACCAACACCACAAUCCUGACCAAUGCCUCGCCCACCAUCCGCCGCUCCGCACUAACCGAGUGCUCUCUGUCCCACCUCACUCCCUCGGACUAUAUCGCCCGGAGCGUCCUCACGGCUGUCACCAUCACCGGCGUGGGUGGCAUCGACAGAACCACAGCCUCAACCUCGGCGUCAACUUCCGCCCCAGCCUGUUCAUCCAAUCCAUCAGCAACGAGCAUCAGCCGCUCCACCUGCACCAGCUGCACCAUCGCACACUCCCACCUGCAUCACUGCAUCUUCGCCAACUGCACCCUCACCAACGUCUCCUCCAGCAAAUUCGUGCAAGCCGACCACUGCACUCUAGAGAAUGUCAUCUCGCUCCGGAGAUGCACCCUCAGCGACUCGAUCAUCGGCGAGUGGUCGUGGAUGACGCGCUGCGAGGUGAGAGCAUCACAAAUUGGAGGCGGGAGUGCUCUGCGGCGGAGUACCAUCGGCGACUGUCGCGUGACGGGCAGCCGGUUGAAGAAGGCAAGGCUCGUGAACUGCGAGGUGGAAGGGUGUGUGAUUGUCAAUACUGAUCUGAAGGGGGUGGUGGCCAAGAAUGGGGUGUGGAAGAAUGGAAGCUUGGUGGGCAGGAUCGACCAGAGUAAGGAUGUGGUGGUUGUGAGCAGGGAUGGGAAGGAUAAGAAGAUUGAUAACGCGGUCGGAACGAAGGGAAUCGUAGCUGAGAAAAGGAGCAUGGAAAGGGACCUGGUUGAAAGUAGUGACGACGGUGCUGAAAGUGAAGGUUGGGAAAGAAAUGGGCGACGACAAAUCUGUGAACUUCAAGGGACGGAGCCGCCACCCCCUUAUACAGCUUGACGAGGCUAUUGAGAUCGUUGGACCGCGCUGGACGGGCUAUAAGCGACUUGGUAUGGCAACAUGAGCAGUUUCGCUCCUGUGCAACUUUGGGUUCGUGACCUGCUGAUCGUGGUCUGAGGCAGCCACUGGCUCGGAGCAGGGCUUCUUUCUAGCAGAGUAAUGACUACCAACUUGGGUAUUGUUCAGUCUUCAAAAGCACGAUUCUUGGA